UUUGGAGCCUGUCCUAGAACUCACUCUGUAGACCAGCCUGGCCCUGAACUCAAAGAGAUCCGCCUGCCUCUGCCUCCUGAGUGCCAGGAUUAAAGGUGUGCACCACCACCACCUGUUGAAUAAUGCAUUUGUAAACAAGCUCAACCACCUCCAUCCUUGUGAGAAGAGGCCAGUGUGUUGAAAAGUCCUUGGAAAUUGCUAGAUUUGGUGACAAAACCUCACUGGCUUCAUUGGCAAUGAGAGGUAGGGCAGCUGUCAGUAAUCUAGGACCUCAUCUACUCUCAGGGGGCCAGUAACGUGUGUAGAGGCCAGAACUCAGUAAGUGUUUUCUUCACUUGCUCUCCACCUUCUCUUUUGAGACAGGAUCUCUCACGGACUCAGAUGCUCAUCAGUACUGGUGGCUAAUCUCCCUGUUUUCUAUGUGGGUGCUGGGGAUCUGUGUGGUGGGCACUCUACCAACUAAGCCAUCUUCCCAGCCCCUGCAACUGAGAGAUUUUUGUGGCAGCUGUAGGAGGUAUAUGUGGCUAUGACUGGAUUCCAUGCCAGGUGAGCAGAACUGUGUGAGCUCGGAAGCUGGGGAGGCUCCCUGGCCCCUUGGUGCUGCUUCACCUGUGACUCUCUUGUGAGCUGUCCUGUGUUUCUUGCUCUACUUCCUCACCAGGGUCCCCCAUCUCAGGGCCCCUGCCUGGUUAAGACUUACAGAUGAAUGUUAGAUCAAGGUUGGUGUCUCCAGACCCUAUACACCAGGGCCUGCACCAGACCUGAGGUUUCCUUUCAUUAGAAUCACAAGGAGGUGCUAUCUUUUAUUUUAUUUUUUGAGACAAAGCCUCAGAAGCCUGGAACUCACUAUGUAGACCAGGCUGGCCUUGAACUCAGAGACCUGCCAGUUUCUGCUGCCCAGUACUGGGAUCACAGGAGGGAGACACCUUGCCUGUCACUGGCAGUUUGUCUUUUCUAGCUGGGCUGUUGGAGCAAGCUUGUAGCUGAAUGGGGUGGUCAUCACACUCUGGGCUGAGAAAUCACUGCUUCAUAACCCUGACAUUCUGAAAGGUCUAGAAUUGGGGGAGGGGUGAACUGGGUGCUUACCCGUAUUAUUCCCCACAGAAGAUCUGCUACUUGUCAAAUGUUAAUUGUCUGCUGGGUGCUGAAGGCAGCUGCUUCUUCCAAGCCCAUUUAAGACCCCAAGGAAGGCCAGUAAGAUGGCUCAGUGGGUAGCCCUGUUUGUUGCCAAGGCUGAAAACCUGGGUUCAAAGUUCAGAACUCAUAUAGAAGUAGAGAAGCAGCUCUGGAAAGCUGACCUUUGACUUUCUACAUGUGCAUGCUAUGGCAAAUGCCCAUCCCCUCCCAUGCUGAGGCAUGAACAUCCCUCCUCAAAAGAGAGAGAGAGGGGGGGGAGAAGGAGGAGAGGGAGGAGAGGAAGAGGUUAAAAAAGGAAAAGGGCAUUGCAAUGGUUAAAAACAAACAAAAUCAAAAGACCCUUGGAGAAAGAAGCACUGCUGAGUCCCCAUGAAGUCCCUGGGUUCUUCCAAAGCACCACAGGGUUUCCUGAUUUGCCAGUCCCCUAGUGUGUGUCCAGUGUCCCCUGGAGCCAUCAUUGCCAGAACAGCUUUAGGAGAAAAGAAUGGUCACCUGUUUCCCAAUAGGACCCUGAGGUCCCAAAUAACUUACCCAAAGUCACCCAGUUAGUAAGAUGGCAACUGGUAUGACACCCUCUCCUUUGGGGGACAGUUAUUAAUCUUUCAAACUCAUUCUACAUUAAGAACACAGAUUUGAGCUGGGCCUGGUAGUGUAGACUUAUAAUCCCUACCUGGAGGCUGAGGCUGGAGAGUCAAAAAUUCAAGGCCUGACUGGCUACAGAGCAAGGCCAAGGUCAGCUGGAUGAUUGAACAAGCACCUAUCCAAAAAUGAGUAAAAAGAGGGCUGAAGAUAUAACUCAGUGGUAAAGUGUUUGCUUAGCAUGCACAAGAACCUAGGUUCAAGCCCAACAAAAUAAAAUGGGGCUGGGAUGUCAGUUGGUAGUGCUUUUCUAACAUGCAGGAAGCCCUGGAUUCUGUAGUUACAAGGUCAGCCUAGAUACAUAAGACCUUUUUGUAACACACACACACACACACACACACAGAGAGAGGGGGGGGAGACUUAGGCUGUUCAGUGUCCUCACUUACUAGGGACCAGUUGAUGUCUUUGAGCAAAAUUAGUCCUUCCUUCUGUGUUGUUUCCACCUCUGCAAAGCACAAGCAUCUGUCGCCCCAUCUCACCAUGGCCAUGAGAAUUAAACAGUGUGGCUUCAGAAGUAAGGACUGCUACCUAUCUACUGUUUUCAUAGCACCCAGUCUCUCCUAGGCUCUUUACUAUGUCAGUUCAUUGAAUCCUUACUUAUAUUUUCAGAAGAAGAAAUGGAGGCCAGAGGUUGCAAUUUCUCUAAAAAUUGCAGGACAAGAAGAGGAUGGUGAUAGUAAGAGGAUGGUAGGAGCUCAACCAUAGCUGCUUUUGGCAAUUCACACAGCAGGUUCAUGGUAAGAACUGUCCUGUCCCUGUGGUGGCCCUUGGUGCUGGUAAACACGCACUCCCUCUCGGUCCUGGAUGGUAGGUAGCAUCCCUACACAUAGAGAUUAUGGGACCUGUGUGCUGCCCCUGGUCUUUACAAGGACCUAGAUGGGGGAGGUACAGCUGCCUCCAGGCACCUGCAGCGGGUCCCGGCCAUCUAAGGGAAUAGGUAGGUGGUGGGCGGAGCCGGGCGGGGCCUCCGCCGAGCCCGUAAAAGCUGCGCAGGAUGGAGCUUCGGCACUGACAUCUGCAGCUAUGGAGCGUCCUCACUUCCCGCUGGCGAUGGGCCUGGCCCUGCUCGCAUUCUGCCUCCUGACUCUGUCCUCGGACGCCCGCGCCGAGCUUCGGAGUCGCAGGACCGGAGAACGCCAGACCAUGUCUCCCAACGACCCGCUGGUGCAGAAGGCCGCGCAGGCAGCUGUGAGCAGCUACAAUAUGGGCAGCAACAGCCUCUACUACUUCCGAGACACCAGAAUCCUCGAUGCACAGUGUCAGCUGGUGGCUGGCCUCAAGUGCUACCUGACUAUGGACUUAGAGAGCACGGAGUGCAGAAAGACCAGAGUCUCUGGGGACCACACGGAUCUCACCGCUUGCCCCCUGGCUGCAGGGGUACAGCAGGAGAAGCUGCGCUGCCGCUUUGAGGUCCUUCAAGUCCCCUGGAAGAACACCACUCAGCUUCUAAAGCAUGACUGUAUGCAGGUGUAACCUGCCCCAGGGUGACAGUGGCGAGACUCCAUGGGAAGAAGCAUGGUGGUGGAGGCACCUCAGGUCCACAGGCCACAUCGGCUACAAUAAAUUCUUAGUGCUGUUUCUUGCA